AUGUCCUCCCUUGCUGAUCCAGAGGCCCAUACUGCCAUAGAAGUUGAUGUCAUAGAGAAAGAUGGGGACUCCAAGUAUGAGCGAUCCUCAGAUAAUGUUGGCAUUGAUCUGCUAUCGUACCAUGAGCACAAUGCUGGUCGUCUCGUUGUAGAUCCAGAAGAAGCGAAAGUGGAGUUUGGUGAGCGCAUCGCGAAGAAGCUCAAACUUUCCGCGGACGGUUCCAAGGUAUUAUGGCCACAACCUACGGAUGACCCGGAGGAUCCUCAGAAUUGCUCCGAUGGGAGGAAGAACCUGCAGUUGUUCAUUAUUACCUUAGCGGCUGCAGUACCCGACUUUGACUCGGGCAUAGGCAUCGCUUCAAUCUUCGCCUUGGCAGCCCAAUAUCAUACCACGACCACGGUUAUUAAUGAUCUGACUGCGAACUGGAGCAUCUUCUUGCUAGGAUGGGGCGGCAUAUUCGCUGUGAUGUUAAUGCGGCGAUAUGGGCGUCUUCCCGUACUUUUCUGGUCUCAAGUCCUCGCACUUGGCUUUCUUGUCGGAUGCACCUUCGCACCCAAUUUGAAAACUUUCACCGCCAUGCGCUGUCUCACAGCCUUCUUCGGAACAUGUCCACAGGUUACGGCAAUCUUGCAUAUGCCGCUUCAGGGUCUUUAUGUCGUGACAGAUAUGUUUCCAUUCCACCUCCAGGCACGGAAGCUUAACAUUUGGACAACGGAAUUCAUUAUAUCUCCCUUUCUGUCGCCUUUUCUCUUCGGUUUUCUAGUUGCGCGCGCAAGCUGGCGUUGGACGUACGGCGUUGGCUCAAUCUACGGUGUCGUUGUUGUACUCUUCAUUCUAUUCUUCGGCGAAGAGACCUUGUAUGAUCGAACACUUCCGGAUCCCCGCCCAAUCAAACGACCCGCAUCGAGGUUGCGAUACAGGAUUGAGACUCUGAUAGGCCUAACGGGCGCUCAAAUGGCACGCCAUCGGGCAGGUUGGCGCGAUGCGGCACUAGCCUGUUUGAACAUCAUAUGGCGCCCGCAGCUUGUGGGCAUAUUGCUGUUUGAGGCCAUGGUAUUCGGGUUCAGCGUCGGCAUCAAUAACACGAACGCUGUAUUCCUUGGCGAAUCGAAGCCGUUUGGACUCGGGUUCAGUCAAUACGCGAUUGCUGGCGCAUAUGGGACCCCCGUUGUUGCGGUGCUCAUCGGUGAGGUGCUGGGUCGAUACUUCAACGAUUGGGUCAUGAACGUUUGCGUCAAACGUAACAAGGGCGUUUUUGAGGCAGAAAUGCGAUUAUGGACCUGCUAUGUCGCUGUACCAUUGUAUAUCUGUGGUUUUCUCCUUUUAGGUGGCACCUUCCAGAAUCACCUAGGUACAGGUGCGCUCGUCAUGGGCUGGGGUAUAGCGGAAGUUGCAGCUAUGAUCUGCACGGUUGCAGUUUAUGCGUAUUGUAAUGAUUGCUUCCCUACCAGAAAGGGUGAGAUAUCCGCAUUGAUUAACUGGGCUCGGACGACGGGCGGGUUCAGCGUCGCAUAUUUUCAAGUUCCAUGGGCACAACGAAGCGGCGCGUUGCAGACGUUUGGCGUGGAGGCGGCUAUCGUGUCCGCGCUCUUCCUCCUGGUAGUCCCUGCAUUGCAACUGCACGGUGCACGUUUGAGGGUGAGCGCUACUUUCAUACAGCUGUGUAGACUUUCGUUGAUGGCACUGCCUAUUGCAGCGCAAGUAUUCGAUUUGAAUACCGAUCCUUCAAGCUUCGAGGGACGUAUCGGAUGA